UCACCGUUACCAACAGACACUUCUGGAAACUACGUCACUGAUGAGGGUAUCAUCAUUGAGAAAGACAAGAGUGGAAGGCCAUUAGGACCUGACGGCCAUGUACUGCCAACAGAUGAAUCGGGUUACUACAUCUAUCCUGCAGUUGGACCUGAUGGAAGUCCGCUUCCUACAGAUAUGCACAAACGCCCUAUCUACACUGUUGUAGGAGAAGAUGGAAGUCCGCUUCCGACGGACCAUCAUGCCUCUUACAUUAGACAGGAUGGCAAAGCGGUUCCAACAGAUUCGAGCGGGAAACCGCUAGGGGAAGACGGCUUGCCGUUGCCUACUGAUGCCUCAGGUAACUACGUCAUUAUACCUUUCCCGACAGAUGAAAGUGGAAAUGUUAUAUAUCCCGUAACAAGACCAGAUGGACUGCCGCCAAGCGCUACCAGAGAUAGACUUACAGUCCCCACUCUUGCCAGUGGAAGGUCAGUUCCGUACAUUGCCGUAAGUGAGGAUGGUCUACCACUUCCAACCGAUCAGUAUGGAAAUGCAAUUGGAGAGAACGGUAUGCCUCUUCCUACCGAUCAUAUUGGACGUCCACUGGACCACGCCAACGAGCCAUUUCCUACGAACACCUUUGGAGAGUAUGUCAUUCCUCCAUUCAGAAGGCAUUCUGCGCACUGUCUUGUUUCCUCUCACAUCGAACUGAUAGUUGUCCUUGACACAUCCAACACAGUUAAAGUCCUAGACUAUCGCGUAAUGAAGGAACUUCUCAAGAGUUUCUUAUCUGAUCAUUUCGACAUGACUCGGAACAGAGUUCGUGUUGGUCUUGUGAAAUACGGAGAAACAGCAGAGGUGCCUAUUUCACUCGGUGACUACGAUUACGUGGAUGAUCUUUUACAUCGAAUAAGCGAAGCAAAGCGUGUGAAGGGAAAACCUUUGCUGGGAUCAGCACUGAAGGAGGUUGCUGGAGAAAUCCUGAUUUCUGGAGUGGAUGAGGUGCCGAAAUUCGUGCUGCUAUUCAAGAACGGUGUUUCCUCAGAUGAUUUCCAAGAAGAAGUUGAUGCUCUCAAAAACGACAUUGGAGCAGAGAUAUUCGUGGUCGAAGCUGGUGAUGACGCAAGUUUCGAGCAGGACUCUCAAAUAACGUCUAAGGACAAAAUUAUCCGCAUUCCUCAGUGGAGAGGGACUGAUUCGGAGGUUUUGGGACCGAUUGCUGAUGCAAUCUGCAAGAUUGCUCCAGCUGAUCCUUCGUCCACUGUUACAUGGCCAUCAAGAAAAGUUACAUCUCAAGCAUCUCAGCCUGUUCGAUCAUGCAGCCAAAUUGACUACCCAGCCGAUGUCAUCAUUAUGUUAGAUUCUUCCGAAAAUUUCUCGCAAGAAGAAUAUGAGGAAAUGAGGGAGAGUGUCGCCGAGUUGGUCGACGCAGGAUUUGAUCUCGCACCCGAUCUAGCCAGAAUUGGCUUCGUAGUUUACAGGCAUGUUCAAAGUUUCAGUGACAAAGUAGCAGUUCCGGUUGCACUUGGCCAUUACGACGACAAAAUAGACCUAAUCCAGCAAAUUUCGGACACUGAAAAGACCAACGAUGGCGUAGCAAUCGCUCUCUAUGGCCUAAAUGCUGCUCGACAACAGUUCCAGCUACACGGAAGGGACAAUGCAACUCGUGUUGUGAUUAUGAUAACAAAUGGAAGAAAUAGAGGAAAUGCAGCACCAGCGGCUGAAGAUCUUCGGAACAUUUAUAACGUUCAGUUGUUCAUCCUAGCUGUUGGAGCCGAUGCCGAAGGGCUUGCAACGCUCAAACGCAUAGCUGGAAAUGAAUAUCCUGAUCGAGUAUAUGAAGUGGGAACUGCUUAUGAACUAGAUGACCACACAGCAGCUAUAAGUCGCCACCUUUGUGGGUACACCACUCCAGCUCAUGGUGUCACUCCUACCGAAACACCGUUCCAUCGCACUACCAAGAGAGAUGUACAAGCCGCUAGUUAUACUCCAUGGAGCGGACCACGUGCAGUGAAGUUCCCGCCACUCUGCAGUGAUGGCAUCAAACGACCUUACCAAUUCAAUAUCCUCAUAGACGUGACAGCUCGUUCGUCUCCCGAAGAUUUCCGCCUUGCUCUGGACCACAUCUCAAUGUUCUUCCAGAAACGUUUUGCACCUGAUGAUAAUAUGUUGCUAUUCAAUAUAAUGACGGUGAACAGUAAGAAGGUCUUGGAUGCUCGUGCUGGUUUGUUGGUUGGCGAAGUCACCUACAGUCUGAGUGACAUUGCACAAAAUAUUGACGACGACGAAUCAGCGAAACUAGGUCUGGGUAUUGACAGCCUCGUAGAGAUGUCCAAUGACAAUUACAUCCGUGGCACGUACAGAAUAAUGCUCAUUAUCAGCGCGGAUAGUACCAGCAGUGAUGCCGCACUCCCAUCGGCGGAGUUUGCCACUGGUGACUUUGGCCAUAACAUAAUCGGGUUGUCUGUUCGAAAACCAUCUACCGAUCUUCUGACAAAGAUGACCGGGUCAGGGACAAGGGUGAUUCAUCUUGACUGGACAUCUCCGAACGAGCUCUUCAACAGCUGGUUUGCAUACUCAAUUUGCGACUACGUCACAAUGUCCACAAUGAGAACAAGUGCACCUACAACCAAAGCAAAGAGUACCCAUGCUAGGAAAACAACAACAGCACCGGUUGCUCUAUCGGUACCAACGAAUGUUGAAGCCGUUCCUUUGUCGCCGUCAUCUUUCUCAGUGUCCUGGACUUGCUGCACGAACAGAAAAGCAAACUAUACUAUACUCUACACUCAUGACACUUCCAUACCACAAAAGCACUGGCAGCGACGAACUGCUACCUGCAGAGACAGUUUCGGGACGACCAUACAGGAUCUUCCCACGGAUCAUGAAUACGUCGUUUGCGUUAUCGCAUCUCAUCUGAUGAGCAACGUUUCAACGCUCUCAGCGGAGAGUGACAGUUGUGCACCAGUGCUUAUCACCAGGAACACCACAGCACCAGAUAAUUACGAACCAGUUCAAAUGGCGCCGUGCAACUGCUUGUGUGAUCGAGGUGAAGCUAUUCUGAGGCCGUCUUGCGAUUUGGUCGUGGAUGAGUAUCGUCCUAUCUCUACACUUCCACCUGCGUCAGCCGAUGAAUGCCCGUGCAAGAUCAAGGCACAUGCUGGACGAUGUCCGUUCGGAUAUGUACAUAUGAAAGGACAGUGUUACGAUAUCGACGAAUGUGCGGCCGGAAACGGUGGCUGCUCUCAUGGAUGUGUCAAUAUUCCGGGCGGUCAUUACUGUGCUUGCCCGUAUGGAAUGACUAGAGAUCCACUCGAUCCGAAUACGUGUGUCAAUGCAGCCAACUCAUUCGACCGCAUAGCUCAGCUUUUGGCGCAAUAUCUACAUGCUAAUGCCCAACAAUCGGCGGGAUCCGUACGAAGUGAUGCUGAACCGUCUCAGCAGAAAAUGAAGUACAAGGCUACGAUCAAGUCUGGUGACGACAAGGUUAUUACAUUUGAAUGGUCGUCCGUACCAGCUGUGGUGCGCCGUGCAUUCAGAUGGCUCUUCUAA